GCAGCAGCAGCAGUAGAAGAAGAAGAAGAAGAAGAAGAAGAAGAAGAAACAGAAGAAGAAGAAGAAGCAGCAGCAGCUCCUCCGGUUCUCCUCCGGUUCUUCUCCGGUUCUCCUCUCACGGGCGAUGGCGAGGCUGAGCCACAGCGAUCAUGUCCUCCAGCAGCUCAACAACCAGCGGGAGUGGGGGUUCCUGUGCGACUGCCUCAUCGCCAUCGGUGACAUCUACUUCAGGGCGCACAAGGCCGUCCUCGCCGCCUGCAGCUCCUACUUCAGGAUGAUGUUUAUCCGGGACCAGCAGGGGGCGGGACGACUGGACCUCAGCAACAUGCAGAUCAGCGCCGAGUGCUUCGACCUCAUCCUGCAGCUCAUGUACCUCGGGCGCAUCGUCGUGGGGAGCUACGAGUUCGACGAGCUCAAGGCCUCCAUGGCGUACCUACAGAUGUACUACAUCCCAGACUCGCUGGAGGAUCUCAGGGACAUCAGAAGCUCCAAUCUCACUCCGUCCUCUUCGGCCUCCUCGUCCUCCUCGUCCAGCUCCUCUACCGGUCCUGCCGGUGGGAAAAUGAUGUUUGGAGUGCGCAUGUACGAGCAGCAGAGGCCCGCCGCCCCGGAAGCAGAGCGUUUACCGAAAGCCGUCAGCAGCACCGCCGGGCGUCCGGCUGUUCCUGCACCCAGCAGCAGGCCGGCGGUGGAGGAGGUGGUGAGCGCUCCUCUGAUCGUGGCGCCGCCGGUUGUUGACGGAGCAAUCGACCAGCCGUGUGAUUUAAGAAAGCGAUCUGGUGGAAAGAGUGCGACGCUCAAAGACCGUCCUCGAUUCGGCCGCACCUACACCUGCGACGACUGCGGCUUCGUCUUCAGCUGCGAGAAGCUUUUGAUCGAACACAUCCUCACCUGCACCAACCGGAAGGCCUACCACCCGCCGAGAGGUAACAUGGAAGGCGACAAUGACUCCAGUAAGGCUGAGAGCUCCGCCUCUGAGAGCACAGAGGAGCACAGGGUCAUCUGUAAAGGCGAGGACGACUGGCCUGAAGCCAAGGCGGACUCAGACCUCAGCAUCAGGUCAACGGCAGCAGGAACAGAUGGCGAGCCCGGUUCCACCAGGAGCAUCUCCAUUAAGACAGAACCAGAAGAAGGCGUGUUCCCAGAGAUAGAGGUGGUCCGGGUCGGCGAGCACGCCAACAGAGACUUUAGCGCACGAUUCAGUGACGCCACACGAAAAGACUUACAGAGGGACAAGACGGGAUCGGACCGUGAGCCAGAGCCCGGCGUCUCAGGUUUAGAGAACAGCAGUGAGCCUUUCGAGGGUCACAUGUCCAACAGCAACGAUUCAGGAAUCCCAGCGAAGCUCCGGAAAGUCAAAGACGAGAAGCCAGACACCGACUGUUCCCCUUGUGAACUGUGUGGUGCAUUGUUAACGGAGGAGGACAAGUCUGCCCACUACCUGUCCAAUCACAUGGGUCAUAUAUGUGCCUGUGGGAGGUGCGGCCAAGUCCUGAUCAAAGGCCGGCAGCUUCAAGAGCAUGCGGAGCGCUGUGGCGAAUCCCACGGCGGCGAGUCAGACUCUCACGGCGAGGAUGAGGUGUCGCUGCUGGAGGAGCCUCAGGGGAUGGAGGAAGGCCUGCUGGAGCCGGCCGACCUGGCCUGCCCUCACUGCGGUCUGCUGUUCCAGAACGAGAGCCUGGCGCUGGAGCACGCUUUGGCCUGUCACGACCCGGAGCUGUUCCGCCCGGUGCUGCUGGAGGAAGGCGGCGAACCCGAUCACCGCCGCAAACACUUCUGCAGCAUCUGCGGCAAAGGUUUCUACCAGCGCUGCCACCUGCGGGAGCACUACACCGUCCACACCAAGGAGAAGCAGUUCACCUGCCAGACCUGCGGGAAGCAGUUCCUGCGGGAGCGCCAGCUGCGGCUCCACACCGACAUGCACAAAGGUAUGGCGCGCUACGUCUGCCCGGUCUGCGAUCAGGGAACCUUUCUCAAACACGACCACGUCCGACACAUGAUCUCCCACCUGUCGGCGGGGGAAACCAUCUGCCAGGUGUGCUUCCAGAUCUUCCCUGGGGGAGAACAGCUGGAGAAACACAUGGACGUCCACCUGUACAUCUGCGGCGUCUGUGGAGAGAAGUUCCGCCUCCGCAAAGACAUGAGGAGCCACUAUAACUCCAAGCACACCAAGAGACUAUAGGAACGAUCCAAACCGUCCUCUGCAUUUAUACGAGUUUGAUACUAAAAAAAGCCAUAAAUGUGAGAACAAAUGUAUGCACUUGAACACCAAAAAGACUUUUUGAUCUGCACUUUUAAAGUUUAUGCAUAACCUAAACAAGCGUUCACACUGCGAGCAGCGCGGCUGAUGAUUGGUCGCUCUGUUACGAGUCAUCGUGGCUGGAAACUGUGUGACAGUCUCCAGCAUCGUUUUGAUUUGAUGACGUUAAGUUAACGAAAAACGUUUCACAGCUUUCAGGGUUUGAUGAGUAAACUUCUGUCGAUGAAACAAUCAAGAGUCGUAGCCUCCCAACUAAAUGUAGAUUAUUACUUAGAAUAUUUAUAAAGAAUCUGGGAUUUUAUAAACAUGAUAUUUACAUUUCAUGUGAUUUGAAACUUUAAGUUACCCAUCUUUAUUUGUCAGAAUCUGAAGUGAUUCUUUAAACUGCCGCCGAACCAUCAAUGAGCAGAUCCAGAACCAGUUCUUGAGUUGUUUAUAAUGAAAGUCUGUUAAUUAACUCGUCUGAAUGUACCAAAGUCAAGUCGGCAGGUGGAGAAAAGCAUAUAUAGCGUAUGAACUGGAUUUAAACUGGACCUCCAAUGUUUUUUCUGGUGUAUUUCUCGACUCGCCUCCAGUCCUCAGGUCAACCGGCCUGUCGAGAAAACUCCCAGCAUGCACCUGCGCCUGGCUGGUGGUUGCUCGCAGUGUGAACGCACGGUGAGACCGGCAGAGAGCUCCGAAAGAAAACCACAUCUGGUAUAAACGGCGCUGCAGGAAAACAACCAAAGUCUGUCUGUGGCUCCCGAUGGUUGACGAUACUGUAGCUGAGUGGAGAACGCUGAUUCUCUUUGCUCCAAACAACAGUUCGACCCAUCAGGUUGCCCGUCGGUCAGGUUGCCCGUCGGUCAGGUUGCCCGUCGGUCAGGUGUCUGUCGGCGUUUCAGAGGACUGCGCUGCCUCGUGCUUCGGGUUUGCGUUUUCUAGCUUUGAUGUCAACUUAUUUCUCAGAAUACUAAAAGUCUCAUGUUGAGUUUAUAAAGUUGUAGUUAGUGAGCACAGUUGCUGGAGUAAGACUGAGUCCCGCUUACUGAUUCUUUGUUUUUUGCAAGUUUGAUAGCACACUGAUUCAUACUCGUCCCUUCCUUCAGUUGCUUCACAUUCACUCGCUGUCCCAAACGCUCUGUGAUUGGUGCCUUUACUGUAACAGUGGUGCGUCUCAGUCUUUUUCCUUCCUGUCUUCUUCACAGUGAUGCAUGAUGGGGGAUGGACGGGCACGUGUAACGAACUCCAGCAACAAAACACUAGAAACGGUCCGUCCGUUGGAGCCAGAACUAGACUGUGCUGUUUUUAAACUUCUGUUACACUUUUUACUUCCUCUAAUGCCUUAUGAGUCUUUACGAUGUUUGCAGUGCAGUUGAUUUCCUGUAAGGCUGAAACUUAAAUACAAGAUCACGUGUUCACAACUAACCCGAACCAGUUUAGAACCAACCAAACCAAUAAAAAACACCCCGAACCAGUUUAGAACCAACCAACCCAUUAAAAAAAACCCGAACCAGUUUAGAACCAACCAACCCAUUAAAAAUAACCCGAACCAGUUUAGAACCAACCAAAACAUUAAAAAAAACCCGAACCAGUUUAGAACCAACCAAACCAUUAAAAAAAAACCCGAACCAGUUUAGAACCAACCAAACCAUUAAAAAACACGCUGAACCAGUUUCAAACUAUCACGACGUUUAGCAUAACUGCAGACGUUUCAGAUCCAGUAUAAACCAGUUUGAAACCAGCAUAAAUAACAAACACACAAACCCAACUACGAUGUCCUCAGAACCAACUGAACCAGUUUAGAACCAUUAACUAACAAACCAGUGACAACGUUAACUGAACAGAUUUAGAACCAGUCCAAACAUUUCCAGUUAAGAGUCCGUCACAAAUUCAACCAGCUAGAAAAAAGUUCUGAAUUAAACCAGUUCAGACCCACUAAAACCAGUUCAGAUAUGGCCUAAACCAGUUUCAAGUGGAUGCAAACAAAUUAAGACCCAACUCUGAAUUUCCGAUCCACCCAGUACCACUUCUACACAAACCCAGUUCAGAGUGAAUCCCAACAAGCUGAGCCAACUGGAACCAGUUCAAGCUUAAACUGGUUUAAAUCAACCUCAAUUAGCUGGAGGACAAAUGUAAGCCAGUCCAGAACCAGCUGAAACCACUUGAGAACUGACCCAAACCAGUUCAGAUCCAGCACUAACCAGUUAGAAACAAACCCAGAUAUUUGGGAACCAACUCAAAGCACUUCUACACAAACCAAGUAAAACCAGUUCAGAUGGAGCUUCAGUUCCCAGCUGAUCCGAACCGCACUUAUACUUCAUCGAGCUUUCAUCCAGAACUGUUCUGACAAUCAGUUGUUUAAGUUUGGAUUCUUUCAAAUGUUCUUUAAGUAACAAACAGACUUUAACGCGUCUCAAAGUUAACUUCUGGUUUAAAACCAGUUCAAAAUCAAACUAAAACCAGUUUAAUUAAACACUGGCAGCUCAACUCAGAACCAGCUGAAUUCAUAAGCUGCCAAACCGAACCAGACCAGAACUGGACCUUCCCCUCUGCGUCAGUCCAGCCAAAACCAGUUCAGCACCGACUAAAACCAGUUCAAAAACACCCAAAACAGAGUAAAACUUCAUCAAAACCCAGUUCAGUCCAGACUAGUUUCUGAACCCUCUCAUCCAGUUCAGUACUGACUGGAACCAGUUCAGAACCAGUUCAGAACCAGUUCAGAACCAGACCAACGAGUUCAUGACUGAAAUUAGUUUACUACCCAACAGAAUUAGAGCUGGGUAUCGUUUAAAGAAUUACAAUACCAGAACCGAUCCAAGUCCCUUAAAGGGAGACUGAUACCAGCUGAGUCCAGUUAAGUACUGACUGGAACCAGUUUAAAAACUCCCAAAACACAGUAAGACUUUAUCAAAAUCUAAAAAAAUGACAAUACCAGAACCAAUCUAAGUCCCUUAAAGUGAGACUGGUACCAGCUGAGUUCCCGUCAUGUGAGCAGAACAGCGCUGGUUCUGAUUGGCUGAGAGUCUUUACUAAUACUCAUAUUCAGCUCUGGAUGCAAAAAGGAUCGAUUAAAGGCAUAAAGUACUGAUACCCGGAACAGGUUAAAUACAAACUUAAAGUGGAUCAUUCGGUUAGAUACUGGACUGGAACUAGUAACAUAAAAAGGUUCUGUGGGUUCAGGACUGAUGGUUUCAUCUCUGGCACUGGAACCAGUAACAUAAAAAGGUUCUGUGGGUUCAGGACCGAUGGUUUCAUCUCUGGCACUGGAACCAGUAACAUAAAAAGGUUCUGUGGGUUCUGGACUGAUGGUUUCAUCUCUGGCACCGAACCUUCAAACUGAGGCUUCAGCUGCUGGAUUUAAUGUCUGAAUGUCUUUAAUAUGAGUUGAAAUGUCACUUUAAAGCUGAUCCAGCUGUUAGUUAGUUCUGACUUCAUCAUCAUCAUCAUCGUCUUCUUCUUCUUCUUCAUGUGUUCAGGUGGUUCUGUUGCUCUGUUGAAGUGAACACAAGCCUUAAGCUCCUAAUAAACCAAGUGAAUUUCUGUUUGUGAA